CAGAAUGUGGAGUAGACGUACCGGUACGAGAUUGGGAAAUGCACCCGGGUGGGUACUGUGAGGAGAGAUUCGUCGGAACUUCUGCGCUGAGGUCGCGCGUCGAUAGUGAGACGGAGAAGUACGAGUAGGUGCAGGCACGUACGAAGGGGGCAAUGAGCAAUAGCCAUUGCCCCAAGAAACACGAAAUUACGUUCCCUCAACAAGUCCAGUCUGGUCACCUGCGUCCGAAACGGCCUUCCUUCACAUGCUUCCUCGUUGUACACUCGUAUGACCCAUCAACGGCUAUCCAAAAGUCGCUCCACACAUACAUACAUGUCCAUACGGCCCGAAUACUCACAUGCUCCCCUAUUGCCCUUACCCGUCCCGAGCACCUCACCGUUCGCAUCUCGCUCCCGCCAUCCCGCACUUUCCAAACCUUCCUCAUUCCCUCCCCUCCCCGUCCCUCCCCUCCAUCGGUCUCGCCCGCCUCGCUUCUACCCGCACCGAUGGACGUCCUUGUCCGUCCCCGCAACACCGUGCCGGCGCAUCUGCACUCCCGUUUCCUCCUCAAUCUACAGCACGACGAAUCGCACAGAAGAGCACUACACCUCCCUCCCCGCGCCGUUCUGUUGAGCGCAGACCUAGGUUCGGAAGAGCGCGCAACGACCGUCUCAUGUGACGGGCCUAACUCUGCGUGCUGUAGACCCACGUGACCGUGCGUUGUGGACUUGUUCGGUCGGUGCUGUAGGGGAGACGCGGGGAGACGGGACGAGCGCAGCGAGGGGCACGCCAGUGUCUGGCUGGGUGAAUGCACACAGGACGAACGGGGGCGGCUGAGGUGUCGGUCCAGCGACGAUCGGCCUGCUCACAUGCGCGGUGCGCUUUGUCUGCUCGCGACUCUCCAAGACGUCUCGUCUUAGCAGAGGACAUAUACCUCGUUCGUCUCUUGUGACACGACGGCUUGGGAUUAUCAGAGCGUCAUAUUACCUCUUCUCCCACAGGCACGAAACCUGCGCUCGAGGUACGAAACGCCGCCGCAUAUUGUCACGUCCAGGAACAGUGGACGCAUGAU